GACGGGACACGGGACGGGGACGGGACACGGGGGACGCGGGGACGCGGCGGGGGGCGAAGGGGGGGGCGGGGGCCGCCCGACAUUUCCUUCCCGCCUCGGCCAGGCGCCGCCAUCUUGUCCGCGCCCCGAGGAGGAGGAGGAGGAGGAAGAGGAGGAGGAAGAUCCGGGGACCGGGCGGCGCCAUCUUGGGAACCUCCCCCCCUUCGCCACCACCAGCCCGGUCCUUGAGCCGAGCAGCGCGCCGCCAUCUUGUGACCCCGCCUUCCCGCAUCCGGGUACCGGCCGCUCCGCCACCUUGGAGCCUUCCCGCUAGAGGAGCCGCACCCCGGAGAGGCAGAGGGGGCGGAUGGCGGCCCCGGCCUCGGGGGGGGGUUCCCCUCCGCGGGGCGCCCCGGCCCCCCCGGCGCUGCAGCCGCGCUGGAAGCGGGUGGUGGGCUGGUCGGGCCCCGUCCCCCGUCCCCGGCACGGCCACCGCGCCGUGGCCAUCAAGGAGCUGAUCGUCGUCUUCGGCGGCGGUAACGAGGGCAUCGUGGACGAGCUGCACGUCUACAACACCGCCACCAACCAGUGGUUCAUCCCGGCGGUGCGGGGCGACAUCCCCCCCGGCUGCGCCGCGUACGGCUUCGUCUGCGACGGCACGCGCCUGCUGGUCUUCGGCGGCAUGGUGGAGUACGGCAAGUACAGCAACGACCUCUACGAGCUGCAGGCCAGCCGCUGGGAGUGGAAGCGGCUGAAGGCGAAGACCCCCAAAAACGGGCCCCCCCCUUGCCCCCGCCUGGGCCACAGCUUCUCCUUGGUGGGCAACAAGUGUUACCUCUUCGGGGGGCUGGCCAACGACAGCGAGGACCCCAAGAACAACAUCCCCCGGUACCUGAACGAUCUGUACGUCCUGGAGCUGCGGCCGGGCUCGGGGGUGGUGGCCUGGGACAUCCCCAUCACCUACGGGGUGCUGCCCCCGCCCCGCGAGUCCCACACCGCCGUCGUCUACACCGAGCGCGAGAGCCGCAAGUCGCGCCUCGUCAUCUACGGCGGGAUGAGCGGCUGCCGCCUCGGCGACCUCUGGACCCUCGACAUCGAGACGCUGACGUGGAACAAGCCCAGCCUGAGCGGGGUGGCCCCCCUGCCCCGCAGCCUCCACUCCGCCACCACCAUCGGCAACAAGAUGUACGUGUUCGGGGGCUGGGUGCCCCUGGUGAUGGACGACGUGAAGGUGGCCACGCACGAGAAGGAGUGGAAGUGCACCAACACCCUGGCCUGCCUCAACCUGGACUCGAUGGCGUGGGAGCCCAUCCUGAUGGACACGCUGGAGGACAACGUGCCGCGGGCGCGCGCCGGGCACUGCGCCGUCGCCAUCACCACCCGCCUGUACAUCUGGAGCGGGCGGGACGGGUACCGCAAGGCCUGGAACAACCAGGUCUGCUGCAAGGACCUCUGGUACCUCGAAACCGAGCGCCCGCCGGCGCCGGCGCGGGUGCAGCUGGUGCGCGCCAACACGACGUCGCUGGAGGUGAGCUGGGGGCCGGUGCCCACGGCCGACUCGUACCUGCUGCAGCUCCAGAAGUACGAGAUCCCCGCCGCCGCCUCGCCCGCCCCCGCCCCCGUCCCCUCCGUCCCCGCCAACCCCCCCAAGAGCCCCGCGCCCGCCGCCGCCGCCCCCGGCCCCCCCCCGGCCCCCCAAACCCUGGCGCCCGUGGGGCUCACCCUGCUGCCGCCGCCGCCGCCCCCCCCGGCGCCCCCGGCCGCCGCCGCCCCCGCCGCCGCGCUGCAGGUCCUGCCCGCCGCCGCCGCCGCCGCCGCGCCCCCCGCGGCCCCCCUCGGCGGGACCACCGCCCGCGCCCCUGGCGUGCCGGCGGUGCUGAAGGUGACGGGUCCCCCCGCGGCCACGGCCGGGCCCCCCCUGGUGACGGUGCGCUCGGCCGGGCAGCCCGGCAAAGCCCCGGUGACGGUGACGUCCCUGCCCGCCGGCGUGCGCAUGGUGGUGCCCAGCCAGGGCACCCAGGGCACGGUGAUCGGCAGCAGCCCCCAGAUGAGCGGCAUGGCGGCGUUAGCGGCGGCGGCUGCCGCCACGCAAAAGAUCCCCCCGUCCUCCGCGCCCACGGUGCUGAGCGUCCCCGCCGGCGCCACCAUCGUCAAGACGGUCGCCGUCUCUCCCGGCACCACCACGCUGCCGGCCGCCGUCAAGGUGGCCUCCUCCCCUGUCAUGGUGAGCAACCCGGCCACGCGGAUGCUGAAGACGGCGGCGGCCCAGGUGGGCACGGCGGCGGCGGCGGCGGCGGCGGCAGGGGGGGGGGCGGCCCCCGCCAGCAACGCGGCCACGCGCCCCAUCAUCACGGUGCACAAGUCGGGGACGGUGACGGUGGCGCAGCAGGCGCAGGUGAUGACGACCGUGGUGGGCGGCGUCACCAAGACCAUCACCCUGGUCAAGAGCCCCAUCUCCGUCCCGGGGGGCAGCGCCCUGAUCUCUAACCUGGGCAAGGUGAUGUCGGUGGUGCAGACCAAACCCGUGCAGACCUCGGCCGUCACCGGCCAGGCGUCCACCGGCCCCGUCACCCAGAUCAUCCAGACCAAGGGCCCGCUGCCGGCCGGCACCAUCCUGAAGCUGGUGACGUCGGGGGACGGGAAGCCCACCACCAUCCUGACGACGACGCAGGCGGGGGGCGCGGGGGGGGCCAAACCCACCAUCCUGGGCAUCAGCAGCGUCUCGCCCAGCACCACCAAACCCGGCACCACCACCAUCAUCAAAACCAUCCCCAUGUCCGCCAUCAUCACCCAAUCCGGGGCCACCGGCGUCACCAGCAGCCCCGGCAUCAAGUCGCCCAUCACCAUCAUCACCACCAAGGUCAUGACGUCGGGCACCGGCACCCCCGCCAAGAUCAUCACCGCCGUCCCCAAACUGGCCAGCGGCCACGGCCAGCAAGGCGUGACGCAGGUGGUCCUUAAGGGAGCCCCCGGGCAGCCGGGCACCAUCCUGCGCACCGUCCCCAUGGGCGGCGUGCGCCUGGUGACGCCGGUCACCGUCUCUGCCGUCAAGCCCACCGUCACCACGCUGGUGGUCAAAGGCACCACGGGCGUCACCACGUUGGGGACGGUGACGGGGACGGUGUCGACCAGCCUGGCCGGCGCCGGGGGCCACAGCGCCACGGCGUCGUUGGCAACCCCCAUCACCACGCUGGGCACCAUCGCCACGCUCUCCAGCCAGGUCAUCAACCCCGCCGCCAUCACCGUCUCGGCCGCGCAGACCACCAUGACGGCCGCCGGCGGGCUCGGCACCCCCACCAUCACCAUGCAGCCCGUGUCGCAGCCCACGCAGGUGACGCUGAUCACGACGCCCAGCGGGGUGGAGGCGCAGCCGGUCCACGACCUCCCGGUCUCCAUUUUGGCCUCCCCCACCGCCGAACAGCCGGCGGCGACCCCCGGCCCCCUCCCCGAACCCGGCCAGGCCGAGGGGGGGGCCGGCACCGUCACCCUGGUCUGCUCCAACCCCCCGUGCGAGACGCACGAGACCGGCACCACCAACACCCCCACCACCAGCCUGGUGGCCAACGUCGGCGGGGGGCUGCCCGCCGCGCCCCCCCAGCUCCAGCUGCUCUGCGAGGGGCCCGAGCCCGGCGCCGCCGGCAGCGCCGCGGGCGGCGUGGUGCGCGUCUGCUCCAACCCCCCGUGCGAGACGCACGAGACCGGCACCACCAACACCCCCACCGCCGCCGGCGCCCGCCUCUGCGCCGACGCCUCCCGGCCCGCCGCCCCCUGCCCCACGCAGCAGACGGCCGCCACCGGCACCACCAUGACGCCGCGGCUUUGCCGAGAGGCCCCCGCCGCCGAACCCUCCUCCUCCGCCGCGCGGUCCCGCCCCGUCCGGGGCUCGCCGGAACCGGCCGCCGCCGCCGCGUGCCAAACCCAGCGAAGCGACGCCGACCCCGGGGACCGGACGGGGGAGGAAAACCCGCCGCCGUGCCAAACCCCCCGCCCGCCCGACGCCGGGACGGCGACCGCGGCGUCCAGACCCUGCGCCAACCCCCCGUGCGAGACGCACGAGACCGGCACCACCAACACCGCCACCACCACCGUGGCCGCCGGCUCCCGGCCGUGCGAGACCCGCGAGGCGACCAACGCCGCCGCCACGGCGUCGAGACCCUGCGCCAGCGUCGUCAUCGCCGCGGGGUCCCAACCCUGCGCCAACCCCCCGUGCGAGACGCACGAGACCGGCACCACCAACACCGCCACCACCACCGUGGCCGCCGGCUCCAGACCCUGCGACGUCCCCCCCUGCGAGACCCCCGCCGCCGCCGCCGCCAUCAUCGCGGGGGGGUCCCGGCCGUGCGCCAACCCCCCGUGCGAGACGCACGAGACCGGCACCACCAACACCCCCACCACGGCCACCGCCGGCGCGGGCGGGGGGUCGGAGCAGGGUUCCCCCCCCUGCCAAACCCGCCAGACCGCGGCCACCGGCACCACCAUGACGCCGGCCGAGGGGACCCCCCUGGUUCUCCCCGACGUCGUCGUCGUCGUCGCCGGCCCCCGCCCCCCCCUCGGCUGCUCCAACCCCCCGUGCGAGACGCACGAGACCGGCACGACGCCCACGGCCACCACCGUCACCGCCAGCAUGGGCGCCAACCAAGAGCCCCCGCCGGCCGCCAACGGGCAGGGGGGCGACUCGGAGCCCCCCCGGGUGAGGGGGCUGCUGCCACCGCCGCCGCCGCCGCCCCCCCCGGGACCCCCCAGCCCCGCGCUGUCACCACCGUCACGCAGUCGACGCCGGCGCCGGGGCCGGCCGUGCCGCCCCCCCCCGGACCUGGAUUCCGAGGAGGAUCUGCAGAUCGACGAGACCCCCCCCCGCCGUGGGCCCCGCCGCCUCCCCCGGUUCCCCCGAAAACUCCCCCGUGCCAAACCCUGCUCGGACCCCAACCGGGUGCGGGAGCCGGGAGAGGUCGACUUCGAUAUCGAGGAGGAUUACACGACGGAGGAAGAGGAGGGGGGAGCGGGGGGCAGCGCCGCCGGCAUCCUCGACCUGCUGAAGGCCAGUCGGCAAGUGGGGGGCUCGGAGUACCCCCAACUUAGCGAGGCCCCCGCCCCCAGCACCCGCGAAGCCAUCCAAGGGAUGCUCUGCAUGGCCAACCUCCCCGCGGGGACCCCCUUGGGCCCCCCAAAUUGGUGGUCUGGGGGUUCAGGACCGGAUCGGGGGGGGCCCGGAAUAUCGGGGGGACCCCGACGACCCCCCCAAGCCCCCCGAAGUACCGACAGCGAGGACGAAGCCAGCAUGGACGAGCAAGACAGUUUGGGGGCUUGUUUUAAAGACGCCGAAUACAUUUAUCCCUCGCUGGAGUCGGACGAGGACGACCCGGCGUUGAAAUCGCUCCCCAAAAAGAAGAAGGUCACCGACGACGCGCCCUGGAGCCCCAAAGCCCGGGUCACCCCGACUUUGCCGCGGCAGAACCGGCCGGUGCGGGAGGGGACGCGGGUGGCGUCGGUGGAGACGGGGCUGGCGGCCGCCGCCGCCAAGCUGGCCCAGCAGGAGCACCGGAAGCUUCAGCGCCGGAAGGGCCCUGCCAAACGCCGCCCCCCCAGCCCGCCUUCCCCUGAGGAAGAGGAAGCGGAAGAGGAAGAGGAAGAAGACGACAACGACCAACCCCGCCCUCAACCGCAAACCGGGGGGUCGUACCCCGAAACCGAUCCCCCCCCCGCCCCGGAUCUUCCCUACCCCCCGAGUUUGGCCGAUCACGAGUACACGGCUCGACCCGCCGCGGGCACCGUGACGCCGCCGCCGCCGUUGCCGCCAUUGCCGCCGCCAUUUGGAGGGGCCGGAGGGCCCCAACCAGGCCGCUCGCCCACCCCCAUGGCUCCGGGGGUUUUCCUCAGCCACCGCCGCCCCGCCGGGCCGUCCGCCGCCACCCAGGGAAAGCGCCCCAAGAAAGGGCUGGCCACCGCCAAGCAGCGCCUGGGCCGCAUCCUCAAGAUCCAUCGCAACGGGAAGCUGCUGCUCUGAGGGGGAGGGGGCGGGGCCUGGCGUGGGGCACGCCCACUUGGGGGUGGAGCCAGCGGCGGGACACGCCCCCCUUUGCCCCGCCCUUCCCCCCCUUCCGUUUGGGAGGUGUGGUGGGCGUGGCUACCCGUGAGGG